AUGUGCUGCAGCGAGCGCUCCUCGGCCUCCGCGCCGCCCGCAGGCUCCGGGGAGGCGGCGGCGGCGGCGGCGGCGGAGGGGAGGGCGGGCGGCCCGGCCCGGAGCCCCGCGGGCGCGGGCGCCGAGGCGCAGGCCCGGCCCGGCGGCCGCGCGGAGGCCAUGCCGGGCCCCGGCUCAUCGCCCGCGCCGCGCCCGCGGGGGCCCCCGGCGCGCCGCGCCGCCCCCGCCCCGGCGCCGCCCGCCGCGAGCACCAGUGAAGCCACAAUCCGCCUUUGUGCGCGUCGCCGCCGCCGCCGCCGCCUCCUGCCGAGUCCAGUGAGGCGAGCGCACCUCCGCGUCGCCGACACCGCCCGCCCGCCUCCAGGCCGCCGCCUGCCCCUCCCGGCCUCGCCCGGCCCCGCCCCCAGGCCAUCCGGACCCCGCCCCCGGUGGCUGCCCACCCCGCCCCUGCCCGCCCUCAAGCCACACCCCAGCCAUCCAGGUCCCGCCACCAGCUCCAGGCCCCGCCCCCGGUCAGCUAGACCCCGCCCCCGGCACGCCAGGCCUCACCCCAUACCCGCCCCACGCCACGACCCGGGCCGCCCUCCUUUGACCUCCGGCCCCGGACCUACCGGGGUGGCCCCCUUCCCCACCCUCCAACGCCCGGUCCGCUCCGGCCCCGCCCACCCCAAGCAUCUAGCCUCCGACCCUCCCCACAAGGCGCACCCCAAGACCGACCUCGGCCCCUGCACCCCCUCGGGCAGUUUGGCGUCUCUGAGCCCCUCCCAUCGCCCCUUCCGGGCCCAACGCCACCACCCCGCCCGGUCCCUGUCCGACCCGCGCGCGGGGCGCCGCCAGGGGGCGCCCGACACCAGCGCGCGGCCCCACUGA